UAAGUUGUAAUUGCCCCCAAAGCACUGUUCGCUACAUGCCAGCAAGGAUACAAAACAAAACCGAAAAUGCAAAACGAGAGAGUGUGAAGAACGACGCAAUACGACACAGCAGCACCAUCGCAGUGGUUGAGGAGGAAGGGGAUGAUGCAUUACACGCUCUUGCUCCGAUUGAUUUAGAUUGAAAGCUAAAUUGGUGAUAGUCUUUUAUGAUGCGUUGUUGUUCAUCCUGUUUGAAUUUGCGAGAUCGAUUUCAGCCAUGGAUUCGCGACUACGAUAGGCUCCAGUCCUUUGCUGUCAUCCUCAUUUACCUUCAGAUUGGGUGCGCGUUAAUUGGAUCGCUGGGAGCAUCUUACAAUGGUGUGUCGCUCGUAAAUCUGGUAGUUGCGUUGUUUGCUUUGGUCGCAAUUGAGAGUAGCAGUCAGAGCCUUGGCCGCACCUACGCCUUUCUUCUCUUCUGUACCAUAUUGCUUGACGUUUGUUGGUUUAUUCUUUUCGCUCGAGAAAUUUGGAACAUUUCUACUCAAGAUUACACAGCAUUUUUCAUAUUUUCAGUGAAAGUUACACUGGUUAUGCAAAGUGUUGGUUUUACAGUGAGGCUAUCUUCCUCGUUGUUAUGGAUUCAAAUUUACAGGUUGGGUGCUUCCUAUGUGGACACAAUUUCUCGAGCAGCAGAUGCUGAUUUGAGGGGUAGUUUUUUGAGUCCUGUGACACCUGCAGUAGCUAGGCAAUGCUCAAAUUCCAAUGAGAUACUUGGAGGUUCUAUUUAUGAUCCAUCAUACUUCUCAUCCUUAUUUGAAGAUGGUCAAGAAAACAAAUAUCCAAGUGGGAUGUUCAAUCAUGACAUUACCCAUAAUGAGUCCACUUCAUUUGCUGAAGUUUCUGAGAAGUCACCUGCAGGCAGAUCCUAUCAGGUUGUGGAUGAAGAGAAUGGGUUGGUUAAGAGGGAAAUUGUUUGAAAUAGAUACGCAUAAACAUUGUUCAUACUGUGGGAGUGGGUCUUGUACCAUAUGCAAUUUUGUUGGCAAGUUUCUGACUGUGAAAGUUGGUGGAAAGGAGAGGUGCACUGAUUGGUACACAUGACAAUGAUAUCAUGAUUUCCCCAGAACUAAGGAAACCAUUCUGGUUGUGUCAAAAUAUCUGGGUUUCACGUUGCUGACAAAUCUGCAAAUGGGCAAGAAAGCAGUUUGCUACACUGCACUCCAGCUUUGCAUGCUACGUCUAUAGGUAUAGGUGAACAAGGGUCCUGGGGAUGUAUUAUCUUUUUUCCAGGAUUCUAUUUUGCUUUUUGUUUUAAAUUUUGCAGUGAUUGAUUAGGGGCCAGUUAGUAAAUCUGUAGUUACCAAGGAACGCUAGCAAAAUAUUUUUUUUGUUCCAAUUUUUUUUAAAACUAGACCAUCAUACACGGUAUUAAAGAUACUUUCAAUGAAUUAGUGUUCAUAUUCAUAUUGUAAUUGAAUUACGCAGCACGUGAGCGCCUGUCGAUUCUCCAACGCUUACUGGACAUGGUCAAGCAAAACAUAUCAUCAACGUGAACUCGAAAAGACACCCAAAAUUGUAGAAUUUAAAUUUACAAAAUGAAAAUGUUAACUGCUUUUUGAUCG